AUGGUCACCCUGAUGCCUUCCCAACUCAACGGGAUUGGGAUCCCUAUCCGGCCCGCCAAACAACAGCAGCAGCAGCAGCAGGAUCCCUCAAAUCACCACUAUCACGGCGACUCGGCCGUGUACAGCACCACCAGGACGCACAAGCACUCCCGCUCCUCCUACUCCGAGUCGUCACCCUUGGCCUCGUCGAGAAACAACUCCCUGACGUUCCGCCCUUUCAAGCGCCCGAUGCCCACCCCUAACAAGACGAUCGCUGUCAUAAACGCCAGCGGUCGCCAGGCUGCCUCUUUCAUCAGGGUCGCCACCGCCGUAGGCUACCAUGUCCGCGCCCAGCUGCGAAAUCUCGAGGGCGUCGUAGCAACAGAGGUCAACUCAAAUCCCAACGCCACCGUUCUCGUCGGUGAACUGUACACGAGACACAAGCCCACCCCGGACAACAGGGACGUGACCACUAACGGACCCAUCUCCGGUGUUGGUGUAAAUCACGACCUGAUCAAGGAGCUCUUCCGUGGCACCCAGCUGGCCUUCAUCAACACCACCUUCUACGGCGACGAGCUAGAAAUCGGAAAGGCGCUUGCCGAUGCCGCCAAACGGGCUGGUGUUCAGCACUACGUCUACUCCUCCAUGCCGGAUCACGCUGCCUACAACGCGGACUGGCCGUCGCUGCCCCUCUGGGCUGCCAAGCACCAGGUAGAGGAGUAUGUGCGCUCCAUCGAUCUGCCUUCGACGUUCGUCUACACAGGCAUCUACAACAACAACUUUACGUCGUUGCCGUACCCGCUCUUCUGCAUGGAGCUUCAGCGCGACGGGUCCUUCCGGUGGCAAGCUCCCUUCCACGAGAAUGUGAAACUGCCAUGGCUCGAUGCCGAGCACGAUGUCGGCCCUGCCAUUUUGCAAAUCUUCAAGGACGGCGUGGCCAAGUGGCGUACGAAGCGUAUUGCGCUGGCGUGGGAGAUGCUGACCCCACGCGAAGCUUGCGAGGUCUUCGCCCAAGGCGUUGGGCGCCCUGUCAAGUACGUUCGAGGUCCGAUCGACCUGAAGGUCAAGAUCCCCAAUGGGUACCGCCAGCAACUCGAGGCACUGGAGAAGCUGUUCUCACUUGGCCACCAGGACCCCAAGAAGCAGCCUCCGUACUUUGGCGACGUUGAGCUGGAGGACAACUGUCUCUCCCAGUCUAUGGCGCUGUGGGAAGGUCCGCGGGGUCUCGAGGAGUACGCGCAAGAAGUCUUUCCGCUUGAGGAACAGGCCAAUGGCUUGACAUGGAUGUUGGAGGAAGAGGAAGAUGUGCCCGAGGAGGAGGCCGUGCCGGCCGCCCGUCAGAGGGAUCAACAGGUGGAGCAGGCAGAAGAGGAAGAGGAGGAAGAAGAAUACUCGGACGACGAGGAUGGUUUGGUCAUGAGAGGCCUAAAGAGAGACGAGGAGGAAUGGCUCGCAUAA